AUGUCUCAACCUCAUGUCCAGAGAACGUUUCUAACAUCGGACUAUACCAUGGCUUCCAGACUGCGUGGACGACCGGCGCAUGCCCCAGGACCAACAUAUUGCAGCUACUCCAACAAUGGCAGCAAACUUGUCACCGUCGGCUCGAACAGUCUGCUCCGCGUCUUCCCACACAACUCUGACGACGAACCACCGGUGAUAGACGUAUGGACGGACAACCACUUUGCUGUCGCAGCUGCCAACGACUUCUUCCUUGUCGGGUCUGAAGAUGGCUCUGUUACGAAGUACUCCUUGCUCACCAACAGCUUGGAGGAGAUUCUCAUCAGGUGUACUCUGCCGAUUCGGGAUAUUGCAUUGUCCCCUGAUAGUCAGUGGGCUGCGGUGGCGAGCGAUGAAAUCGAAGUCAAGGUCGUCAGCACGAAAGACAUGACACAAGUGUUCUACUUACGGGAACACCCACGCUCCGCGAAGAACGUUUCGUUCGAUGUGAACAACAGCACCGUCGCAGUUUCGUGUACAGACGGGCUCAUCUACAUCUACUCCAUCAGCUCAGAGCAGCCGCAACUUCUCAAGCGAAUCGACGGCUUGAUUAAGAUCCUGGAGAACGACGCAGACGCCAGCGCGAGAGCCAUCUGGCACCCGGAUGGCAGAGCUUUUGCGGCUCCAACUGCGACGAGAGAUCUGCAGGUGGUUGCUCGAGCAGAUUGGAAGCUGCAGAAAGCUUUCAAAGGCGGGCAUCGUGGCGACAUCACAGCUGCAGCGUGGUCGCCAAAUGGCGCGUUGCUUGCAACUGCUGGAGCUGACAAGAGUCUUGUGCUCUGGGAGACGAGAUCGCAGAAGAUCAUCAAGUCAUUUGACGAUAUUCAAGAUGUCAUUCUGUGCCUGCAGUGGCACCCGACCGACAAUGUCUUGUCCUACACCAACACCAACGGCGAACUGUUCAUGAGAGCGGAAGUGGUACCAGGCGAACAUGCAAAGCUGCUCAAGGUCGCUCUUCAACCUGCGCCUAUGAACGGCGAUCCUCUGUCGGACGUCUCAGGUAAUGCAAUAAGGGCACCACCAGGCCACGGUAAGCCUGGCGUCAAUGGCUGGGAUGGACCCUCAGAGAACGACUAUGUCGACAGCUUAUUGGACGAUGCUAUGUCGCAGGAUGGUGCCGACUUCAUCGAAGAUGAUGACGGGGCCGGCUAUGCUGAAGCGCCGAACCGCAACGGCAAGCGUAUUGCCAACAGCAUCGAGGGGCCGAUCGCGAAGCGGCCUGCAGCGUACUCGGUGUGGCAGCCGAGGGUUCACGAAGCAUUCCAGCCUGGAAGUACCCCUUGGAAGGGCAACCGACGGUACCUCUGCUUGAACCUCACGGGCUUUGUCUGGACGGUGGAUCAAGAGACGCACAACACCGUCACCGUCGAGUUCUAUGACCGCCAGGAGCAUCGUGACUUCCACUUCACUGAUCCUUACUUGUACGACAAAGCCUGCUUGAACGAGAAAGGCACGCUCUUUUCUUGUCCACCAUCCGCUCAGCAUCCGGCAGUGAUUUACUACCGACCGCACGAGAGCUGGACAUCUCGAACAGACUGGCGCAUCAACAUGCCUGCCGGCGAGAAGAUCACCUCAAUAUCCCUAAGCGACUCCUGUAUCGUCGCCACCACAACAGCCGGCUACGUCCGGAUCUACAGCCUGUACGGCCUGCCGCUCAAGAUGUACCGCCAAAAGAGCACACCAGCAGUCACCUGCGCCAGCUGGCGCGACUACGUAAUGACCAUCGGCAACGGCCCCGUCGGCGGCGACGGCUCCACACGCCUCCUCUACACGAUCGAGAACGUCAAGCGCGACGAAACAUACCAAAGCGAAGACAUCCUCGCCCUCCCCGACGGCUUCGAAUUGAAAAGCGUCUUCUUCAGCGACAAAGGCGACCCCUGCAUCUACGACAGCGAAGGCGUCCUCCUCAUCCUCCAACACUGGCGCACCCCGGGGCAAGCAAAAUGGGUCCCACUCCUCGACACCAGAACCCUCGACCGGCUAGCAAGCGGCAAGAAGGAAGAAAGCUACUGGCCCGUCGCGGUAGCGAACAACAAAUUUCACUGCAUCAUCCUCAAAGGCGGCGAAGCGUACCCCUACUUCCCCCGCCCCUUACUCUCCGACUUCGACUUCCGCAUCCCCAUCUCCGCCCCCGAAGACGACGACGCGGAGCUGACGCACGGCAAUCAGCUGGAAGAGCAAUUCGUGCGCAAAGCGCUCGAGCACUCGCUGCAGCUCGAUCUCGUGGAGAACACCAACGCGACGCACGCGCAGAAGCAGGAAGUUCCCGUCUUGGAGCGGGAGGUGGAUAAAGUGUUACUGCAGCUGCUGGCGAAUGAGUGUCGGGAGGGCGAGGAGAGGGGCAUGAAGGCGCUGGAGAUUGCGACGUUGAUGCGGGAUCGGACGGGCAAGAUGCUGGAGGCGGCUGGGAAGGUGGCGCAGCGGUUUCAGAGGGAUGUGUUGGCGGAGAAGAUUUUGGAGGUGGCGGAGAGGCGAUUGGUGGGGAUUGUGGAUGAUGAUGAUGUGUGA